AUGGCUUCCACUAUCUGUUGUUUUAGCUUAAUCUUGUUCAUAGCUGUCGUCGCAAGUAGCGUUUCAACCGCUUCCACCGCUUCCGUCGGAAGAAAGAUCUUCGACGUACGAAGCUACGGUGCUCGCGGUGAUGGCAAAACAGAUAAUACUAUUGCGUUUUCCAAGGCCUGGAAAGAAGCGUGCGCAUGGAGAGGAAACCCUAGAGUGUACGUUCCAUUUGGAACCUUCUACCUCGGUGGCGUGACCUUCACGGGACCUUGCAAAAGCCGGAUUAGUUUCAUCAUCAAGGGAACCUUGUUAGCUCCUAAAAACGCUAACCUCAUCAAACAAGACACGUGGAUCAUUUUCAAGUACGUUGACUAUCUCACCGUCUCAGGCGGUGGCAUUCUUGACGGACAAGGAAGCUAUUCAUGGCCACGCAACGAUUGCCGCAGAAACCCUAACUGCCGAGCUCUACCUAUGAACAUAGGGUUCCUAUUCGUGAGGUUUUCGAGAAUCAGCCGUAUCAAAUCCAUCAACAGCAAAAUGGGGCACAUCAACUUCUUCGCCGUCCAAUACUUUGACAUAACAAGCGUCAGCAUUAGGGCUCCCGGAGAUAGCCCUAACACCGAUGGGAUCAAGAUAGGUGAAUCUAGCCACAUGAGGAUCCACAACGUUAAGAUCGGAACCGGCGACGACUGCAUCGCGAUCUUGUCCGGAACAAGUAAUUUGGAUAUCGACAGAGUCAACUGUGGACCGGGACAUGGGAUCAGCGUUGGAAGUCUCGGGAGGUGGAAAGAUGAGAAGACUGUUCAGGGAUUAACCGUUAGGAAUUCGAUCUUUAACGGUACGACGAAUGGAGUACGGAUCAAGACAUGGGCCUCAUCGCCUUCACGGAACUUGGUUUCGAAUUUUCUUUACAAGAAUCUCCAGAUGAUCAAUGUACAAAAUCCAAUCAUCAUUGAUCAGCAAUACUGUCCAAACCCACCUUGCAACCAUAAGACUCAUUCUCAGGUUCAGAUCCAAAACGUGAAGUUCAAUAACAUUUGGGGAACGUCGAUGACCAAAGUGGCCGUGAAGUUGCAGUGUAGCAGGAAUGCUCCUUGCAAAGGCGUUGAGCUCGCCGACGUCAACUUAUUGCACCAUGGAUACGACGGUCCAGCCAUCUCUUACUGUGAGAAUGUUGCCGGUUGGACACGUGGCAAGAUUUAUCCUCCGUCUUGCAUCCGUUGA